CUUUGUUCGGCAGCAGGGGAGGGGAGCCCGACACUCUGGUUCAGCUAGGAGCGUUAGAUCCGAUCUGCUGGGGCGGAAGACCCUGUCUCAUCUCUGCCCGGCUGUGGUUCGAACGCGCGGCUCAGACAUUCGCCUUCCUCGCCCGGACUCUGAGGAUCUCCGUCCAGGGAUGUCAAAGCGAGUCCGAAGCCGGGAGGUCUGCGCUGAUUGCAGCGCUCCGGAGCCACGCUGGGCCUCCGUCAACAGAGGUGUGUUGAUCUGCGAUGAGUGCUGCAGCAUCCAUCGAGGUCUGGGGCGACACAGCUCCCAGGUCCGACACCUCAAUCACUCUCCGUGGCCACCGUCCCAGUUACAGAUGGUGCAGACGCUGUACGGCAAUGGAGCUAAUUCCAUAUGGGAGCAUAGCCUUCUGGACCCUUCCUCCUCAGUGAGUGGGAAGCGUAAAGCAAAUCCCCAGGACAGAGUUCAUCCCAACAAGACAGAGUUCAUCAAGGCCAAAUAUCAAAUGCUGGCGUAUGUCCAUAAAAUGCCUUGUCGGGAGGAUGAUAGUGUUACCGCAAAGGACCUCAGCAAGCAACUACACUCCAGUGUUCGAACUGGAAACCUGGAGACCUGCCUUAGACUCUUAUCUUUGGGAGCACAGGCCAACUUCUUCCAUCCAGAGAAAGGAAACACCCCACUACACAUAGCAGCAAAAGCAGGUCAGGUGUUGCAAGCAGAGCUGUUGGCAGUUUAUGGAGCUGAUCCCGGAGCUCUGGACUCCAGCGGAAAGACCCCCAUUGAUUACGCAAGACAAGCUGGGCACCAGGAGCUGGCAGAGCGGCUCGUGGAGAUCCAGUAUGAACUCACUGACCGGUUGGCAUUUUACCUUUGUGGUAGAAGACCGGAUCACAGAAAUGGGCAACACUUCAUCAUUCCUCAGAUGGCAGACAGCAGUCUGGAUUUGUCGGAGUUUGCAAAAGCUGCAAAGAAGAAGCUGCAGUCGCUAAGUAACCAUCAGUUUGAAGAGCUUGCCAUGGAUGUUUAUGAUGAAGUCGACAGGAGGGAAACAGACGCCGUAUGGUUGGUCACUCAGAACCACAGCACACUUGUAACUGACACCACGGUUGUACCUUUUCUGCCGGUCAACCCAGAGUACUCAUCUACCAGAAACCAGGGUCGCCAAAAGUUGGCAAGGUUCAGUGCUCAUGAAUUUGCCACCCUGGUGAUUGAUAUCCUAACUGAUGCUAAACGGCGGCAGUGGGGUAAUUCCUGUGACAGUCCCAAAGAGAGUGUGGAGCUGAUCCUUCAGGGAAUAGACAGUCGCCACAACAGUGAUAGCCAGGACAAUGACCAGCCGGAUUACGACAGUGUUGCAUCAGACGAAGAUCCAGUACACGAGGCCACUUGUGGGGACAGCUGCAACGAUGGAAGGACCAAGAGCUCGGAGUCAUCGGACCUCUCUGAUGGACCAAUCACAGUGCAGGAGUUCAUGGAAGUGAAGAGCGCCCUCACUGCGUCAGAGGCCAAAAUACAGCAGCUUCUCAAAGUCAACUGUCACCUCAGUGAAGAGCUGCGGUCGAUGCAGGGCAAGUUGAGCACCCUGCAGACUGAAAACACAACCCUGCGAUGGCAGACCCCCAGCGGACAGCAAAACGCCCAGGGGCCCCUCGGUCGACACCCACCCCGCGGGGGUCGCGCCAUGUCGAUGUAUGAGACCGGAUCUAAUCCGAAGCACUUCUCCCACCGAGCCGAAACAGCCAGGCACGAGGAUGGAGUCGUUUUACAACCUUUCCCAACCAAUAUUGGGAGGGGUCCGUUGGGGACGGCUGCGUCCUCUCUCCCUACCUUCCCCUCCUCCCUGUCCUGGUCGAGGGACGAGAGAUCUCGAAGGGGCUGUAGUUUAGAGGGACGGAGCACCAUGCUGGAGAGUGACAACGACACCACACCUAACCACUCUGAACUGGAGGAGAUUGGAAGCCCUCCUUCAGCCUCUGAUACGAUGGAGUCCGAGGCGGAGGGUGAGGAAGACGCCACCCUGCCGUGCACAGAGGACGUCAUCUGUAAGACCGAGCAGAUCACCAAGAACAUACAGGAGCUUCUCAGGGCUGCUCAGGAGACUAAACAUGAAAGCUUCCUGCCCUGCUCUGAGAAGAUCUGCGUGGCCGUGAAGGAGAUGGCCGCCCUGUUUCCCAAGAGGCCGUCCUCUGAGACCGUGCGAGGGUCUCUGUGUCUGCUCACCUCGAGUGCCAGCCGGCUGCACGGAGAGUGCCACAAGGCCGCCGACCACAGCCCGGGCCCGUCGGACAUCCAGCUGGUCACUCAGCAGGUCAUCCAGUGCGCCUAUGACAUUGCCAAAGCCGCCAAGCAACUUGUCACUGUGACGACCAAAGAAAAUAACAACUAACUAAAAACCCAAAGACCUUUGUAAUGCGCCUGAAAUACAGUUCGUCAAUGACUUGGCUCAUUUCAGCUUAAUCAGCUUUUCUGUUUUCCAAUAUGAAUUAAUCAGCGGGAUCAUUUCAAUACAUCCCUUGAAAAUCUGUACAAAACAUUUACAAUGCAAAAUCAUGACUCCUUCAACAGCUUUAUUACCUUGAUUGUUGUUGUACCGUGACACAAAGGAGAAAACAAAUGUUACAAAACCGGUUAUAUUAUUAACCUCACCUCAUUAGUGUAAUCCACACCAUUUCCAAAGGUGCAAUGUGUGUUUGUGUAUAGAAAACAAUCAGCAAAACAAGCAGUUGAGCUUUCUACAUUGUACUAAAGUAAACACCAGAGGUCAUCAAUUGUUCUCCUUGAGUCGUGUUUCUGGCGUCAAGUAACAGAACAGAUUUACUUUACAAUUUACUUUAACCAUUUCAGUUUUUUUUAUUUCCCUUAAGAUGCAACAACAGUGUUUAAUUCUUGACUAUUGAUGCCACUUGCUUAGAUGUGAGUUUGUGUAUUACGCAAACUGGUUAGCGAACAUAGUGUCGGUGCAUUGAGCAGCAUGUGAGUACGGAGUGUGUGAACUUCAAUUCCAUCCAGUCCCUUCACUGUGGCUGAAGGUGUGUAGUUAAAGUUAAAGUCGCUUUUUGGAGUUCUAAUGUUACAGCUAUAUUUCUGGUGUAUGCGUUUGUGUGAGUGUGUGCGUGUGCGUGUGUGUGUGUGUGUGUGUGUGACACAGAGACGGCCCGUGUGAAAACCCCUUUUGAAUCAAUUUUCAUAGCAUUAUGCAAAUAUAUAAGAUGUAUGUAUCCAUGCAAUUCUCUAUCAAAAUAACCCAAAUGCUAUUAUAUUUAUAAAAGUGUAUGUCAUACCUCUAAGAAAAUAUCAAUGUUUAUUUUCAUAAGCUUUUGUUUAACGUGACGCUCCUCGCAGGCUCGCGUGUGUCCUGAGGUCUGGGACGUCUCAGCCAGCCGCUGGUUACAAGACGACUUGUGAUCUCUUUGUUUUCUUUCGGUGUGGUGCUGUAACUCUGGUGUGUCGGACGCCGCCUGUGGUCCAAUGCGUACCGGCCAUGUCUUACAAUCAGUGCUAACGUACAUGUGCCCUCUGAGUAUAGAGAACCCGUCGUGGAACUCAGGUUCCAGUGUGUCACUCGUUGUUGUGCAGCCGGGUGCGUUUGAGCGAGGGGUGGAAAGACGACUAGAAUACCAUACACGAGAGGAGCUCCCUGUGUUUGAAUGUAUCUGUAGAAUAUCUCUUUCAAAAUGUGUCACUAUUGGGGUCAAAGAGCUGCAUCCUGACUAUAACCACUGAAAUAUAAAAAUGUAUUCAGCCACAUCCGUUUCUCCUCCAAGUCAGUGAACAACGUUUUAGACCUCUGAAGGCUGGAGGAGCUGUUUGUACGUUUUGUUAUUGCGAAAGCCAAACCACUGUUUACUCAGCAGGUUUAACCACGAGCUUGAGCCAACAUACACAUUACAUGAGGUUUUAAUCCCUGAAGAGACAAUAAGGGUUAAUAUUUGCUUUAGGCUUCACACAAGUUUAAGAUUAAAAGGUGAUUCUGAAUAUGCGGCGUUUCUUUCAAAUGGCUCCUUUAAUAACGUCUGUUAAUUACAAAAGUAUUAAGUGAUCCUUCUCUUUCUGUAGUCGAGGUCCUCUCAUAGCUCUUCAUGAGCUCUCAGCUGCAGCUCACAGUCUCUGAGUUAGUCAUGGAGCUCAUUUAGUUUUUAUAAUUAUUUUUCCAAAUAUCUCCAGUAUUUGUUCGCGUGUACAACUCCCGAUGAUACCGUGCCACGAUGACUGGGAAUCCUAACAGAUGUAUUUUUUUGUACGUUUUGAAAAAGAUAUUUAUUUUGUUCCUAUUCUUUUUUUUUUUUCUUGUAUGUCAUGUGAUGAGAGAUGUGUUUUAUCAUUCAGCACAGGUCUUUUUCACUUUCCUUCCUGUUUUUUGUUAAGUGAUGCAACCAGUGUUAUUUUCCUUUUUAAUAAACUUUAAAACGUCAGAGGAGAAUUUAAAAGCAAGACCAUGUGACGUUUGAUGGAACUGUGGCCAUAACUAACAGGAUGAAAUGUGAAGCUGAUGUAAUAGUAGAUCAAGAACAGUGUACCAUCCUACUGCCGGUGAGGCUAGUGGCCAUUUAAAGCCUAUUCAAUGAUGAUCAAUCCAUUGCUCGUGAAUUCAAAAUGUAAUUUGUAAGAGGAGGAAUGUUUUACUUUCAGUUUGUCAGCUGGUUUUCACUUUGGAUCAUUAAUCAUAACAAACACAAACUAACUGGGUCUUGACAACAUUGACUCUAAUAACAUAACAAACUUGUUUUUUUUAGAAUGUCGAUGAAUUGUGAAGUGUUCAGUAUUCAGUUGCUCUCCACUCCUGGUUCCAGCCCUGACAUUGAACCCCCUGUAGUCUGCCGCUGCCCCUGUGGUUGAAAACACUCCCUGCCUUAGCUAUAAUAAAGUAUAACUCGUACCUCA